CUAGAGGGAGGGGACACCAGUGGGGAGAGAGAGACUAGAGGGAGGGGACACCAGUGGGGAGAGAGAGACUAGAGGGAGGGGACACCAGUGGGGAGAGAGAGACUAGAGGGAGGGGAGACCAGUGGGGAGGGGAGACCAGUGGGGGGAGAGAGACUAGAGGGAGAGAGACCAGAGGGAGGGGAGACCAGUGGGGAGAGAGAGACUAGAGGGAGGGGAGACCAGUGGGGAGAGAGACCAGAGGGAGGGGAGACCAGUGGGGAGAGAGACCAGAGGGAGGGGAGACCAGUGGGGAGAGAGAGACUAGAGGGAGAGAGACCAGAGGAGAGAGAGAGACUAGAGGGAGGGGAGAACAGCUGGUACAGGGAAACCAAAGGGAGACAAGUGGAUACUGGGAGACCAGGGGGGACUCCUCAUAAUCAACAUGCAGAUAAAGGCUGACAGCACCUAAUGGGCCUAAUGUGUUUUCUGAAGAUAAUAAAAUAAUAUAAUCCAUUAUCAUGCAAACAUACAGUCUGUUUUGAGUCAAUUUAGUCGAUCCGUACUCGACUAAAUCACAUUCCCUUGGUAAAAAAAAAGCUAUUAUAUAUCCCUAAUGACAACGGUGAAUUAAACAUUUUAAUGUGUUUCUUAUUGAUGUAUAGAUUACAAUAAGUAAGUAAUAAGAGUGAACUCACCCCAGCUUUUACACACACACACACACACACACACACACACACACACACACACACACACACACACACACACACACACACACACACACUGGAGAUUUUGUUUUCAAUAUGCAUGAUAUAACGCUCUAAUAAAGCACAGCAUGAACCCCUUUAGAAAUUAAUAUUUAAUACAAAGAAUGAAUUAUGCAUUUCAUUGAACAGGAAUUGUCUGUCAAAAACCAAUUAGGUGCCAUUGAUGGUCAUCUCUGGUUACGUGGCUGAUCUGAGUGGUUCAUGUGGGACAGCCUGUCUCUGCAGAAUCUGUUAGACCACACUGUAGAAAUAAAUAGAUACCUGCUUUCAGUGGCACCGUUAUUCAAAUAAACAAUGAUUUCAAAUGGAAAUCAAAACUCAAGAAUGAGCAAACAUUAAAUACACAGAUCAAAAAACCUCUGAUCCUGGUUACCUUGGAAACACAGAAACAAAACAGAAUUUCAGAUUCUCAGAUCCGUCCAACAUGACAACACCUGCGGAAAGCUGUUCAUUUUGACAAACGACCCUUCUCAGAUGAACCGAGUCGUUUCGUGUAACGCUGAGGGUCCUAUAACAGGCGGACGGGCCAACUCUCCAGAUUGGUUUCAGACACCUCAGUGGUGCUGGUCUCAGCCCUUAGCUCAGAACCACCAUGCCACCCCUCCCAGGCAGGCUAGCCUCUCAGCCUCCCACCAAAACCAUCAUUGUGUACAGGAAUGGGGAUGCGUUCUUCCCAGGAAGAAAAUUAGUGGUCAAACAACGCCAAGUGACCACCUUUGACUCUCUUUUAUCACUUCUGACGAGUGGACUUGAGGCUUCCUUCGGAGCGGUCAGAAACGUGUACACUCCGAGAGAAGGCCACAAGUUGUCUGAGCUGGAGGAGCUGAGGACCGGAGAGAGAUAUGUGGCAGCCGGGGCGGAGCGCUUCAAACGACUCAGCUAUUUGCUAAUAACUCCUAGGAAACCAGAGCCAAAGAAGAAAGAAGAGAUCAAGCCAGUAACUCACAGCCGAAUCGUAGUUCCUGCCAGGUGUUUGAGGAGCAAUAAAGAUUCAUGCACCAUCAAUGUUUUUACCAACGGGGACGUCUUCGUCCCCCCUGCCCGUAUCCUGAUCCCUAAGUUCACGCUGAGCAGCUGGGAGAAGGUGCUGGCCCUGGUGACGGAGAAGGUGGAGCUCAGGACAGGAGCAGUGCACAGGCUGUUCUCUCUGGAGGGCCGCCCGCUGUGGGGGCCCGAGGACCUCAGGAGCCACCAGUACUACGUGGCCGUGGGAGCAGAGAGGUUCAGGGUCAAGGCCUACAGCCAGUGGGUGCCCUGUACCGCUCUUAUCAGAGAGGACCAGGCGGCUCAGGGCGCGUUCAGUGGGAGGAGCCAGAGGGAGGAGGUGGCAGGAGCGGUGGAGGUGCAGGAGGAGAGUGAGCUGGAGGCGGAGCUGCCCAUCGAUCAGGUGGAGGCCAGAGAGGUGGAGGAGGAGUCUGGACAAAGAGGAAUUGAACCCAGCGGGAUCAGCGAGGGCCUUCAGGGGCGUCGGUUCCCCGGCUGUUUGCCCAUGGGUGUCAGCGGGAGAGACUCCAACAACCCUCCCAGUCCAGGGCCAGCAGGACUACGAAGCGAUGGGAGGCGUGCAGAUGCUCCCAGUGAUGGAGCAGUGAUGAGCUCGCCGGGACUGCAGGUGUGAUGUUAUGGAAUGCAGGAAAGCACUUGUGGCUAAGGAUUAGCUCUGAAGCUAAGUCUUGCUAGGCUGUGCAGCGCUCUUAGUCCGGUCAAGGCAGGAGACAUUGUGGCCUGUAAUAUCUGUCACCGUCUUUUAUGCUGUGUCUCUACUUAACUCUCUGUUCCUUACGGUGACAGAUUGGUACAGGUUUGCAUAUACAGAUGUUUCCGCCUAGCUGUGUGCUGCUUCCCAGCAUAACUCUCAUCCAAACACACUUAUUCCACUCUGAUAGUCCCGGGGGACAGCUGUAUGAAACCACAUUGAUGAACCACACAAUACUUCAAGUGCUACCACUAUUCCAGGCCAUUUCCUUCUGCCCUGAAAAUGAGAAGAUACUGGGUCUUAUUUCAGCAAUCAAUAACCGUGGAACAUUUCAUUUUAAUGAAAACCAUCAUUUCAGGCGGUAGCAAGUACACCGUGGGGAAUGUUUUGGUGUACUGAUGAUUUUGCUGCAGUGUGCACUUUUGCAAUAAAGAUAUUCUUAUUGGGAUAAUUAUUGACUUCAGGGGCCCAGUUAUGGCCCCGGCUAAGGACCUCAUCAAUAGUCUAAUUCAUAACUCAUCACUUUCAGUCCUACAUGAAUAUUGCUGAUUCAGACUAGCUCUAGACUGAGGGCCAGAAGGACCAUUAGAUAAUGGGCAGUAAUGAUCAUCUCCUGAACAGCUUCUUAGCUCAGACCUGCUCACCAUCUUGUGGUGGUGGUGUGGGGGGGGGGCUGUGGCUGAGGGGACUCAUCACUAAUCAACUCAUCGUUUGGCAAACUUGAUGCCGGAUAUGCUCAAAUAAAAAAAAUCCUGUUAUCGUUGUUUUGCGUACAUAGUAGCAGCAAUGAUACGCUAUGCAAAGUGAAACUGCAUUCACUCUGUUUUCAGCAGCAAACUGAUUUGUGUUUUUUUGUAUUUCUUUAUGUGAAUUUGAUUCAUGGAAGCCAUUCCCGGAACAUGUUUUUUUUACGUGCAGCGGUGUCCUGUGUAUGCCCAUUACUCUACUCUUAUAUUGUAGCUGUGUUCCACAACGCCAUCAUCCAGAGAGCUGUAACCGUGAUGAUCUCCUCGGAGGUCUCACACUCUGUACUACUCUGAGUUUGGGGGCCGGAUGCCUUUGUACGCUCAUGAAGAAAGGCUGUUCUUGAAUACACACACACACACACACACACACACACACACACACACACACACACACACACACACACACACACACACACACACACACACACACACACACACACACACACUCUUG